UGAAAGAAAAUUGUCCAAUAGACGACGCUCUUACACUCUUAUUUCAGGAAGUAUAGCGGCAGCGUGGACUUCGUGUGCCAUUGCUUGCGGGCAAGGUUUGACGAGUGUAGGGCCGCACUUCCUAAUGGAGCCUCCUGCGUUUCUAUGAGGCUCUGUGAAUUGAUGGCUAAAGCCCAAUACCAAAAUAUGCAUUUUGUGUAAAUAUUUUAUUUGUAGAGACUUUGUACGUUGCCGUUAAGCAAUGAAGCUAAUAAGUGCUGUGUUUAAUGGCUUUGUGGUGCUGCUAGUAGCGUUUGGUGUCAUGGACGUAUUGUUCGUAUAUGAGGACAACAGGUGCAGUAUGACCUACAUGUUCGAGUAUCCAGAGUAUCAGAAAAUACAACUUUCGAAAAAGGUAUCCAUACUUUAUCCAGCAUACGAAUUGCAUCUGUAUGGUGAGGGUGUUCAUGUGGAGGAAAACCGAAACCUUUCCUUAACUGGAAUUCCAGUUUUAUUUCUUCCAGGAAAUGCUGGCAGUUACAGGCAAGUUCGUUCUAUUGGAUCAGUUGCUCUUCGAAAAGCAGAGAACAUUGAUUAUAGAUAUCACUUUAAUAUUUUUAGCAUCAAUUUCAAUGAGGAACUUGUUGCACUAUAUGGUGGCAGCCUACAGAAGCAAACUCAGUUUGUACAUAUUAGUAUUAAAGCAAUCCUACGCCUUUAUAAGAACCAAGAAUUUCCUCCCCGAAGUGUUAUGCUUCUUGGUCAUUCCAUGGGCGGCCUUAUUGCAAGAGCAUUAUUUACAUUAAAGAAUUUUAAGCCUCAACUAAUAAACCUUAUUAUAACACAAGCUACACCUCAUGUUAUGCCAGUGCUGCCUAUAGAUUAUUAUCUAACUGAUUUUUAUGCCUUAGUGAAUGAUUAUUGGAAUUUGAAUGCAGAUAAACUUCAAAAUAUAACUAUACUUUCUAUUGCUGGUGGAUUUCGGGAUUAUCAAGUUCGCUCAGGACUGACAUUUUUGCCAUCCUUGAAAAUCAAGAACAGUACCUUGUCUGUUGUGAGCACUACCAUUCCAAGAACAUGGGCAUCAACAGACCACCUUUCUAUUGUGUGGUGUAAAGAAUUGGUUUUGGUGACUUCAAGAGCUUUAUUUGACCUGAUUGAUGGAGACACAAGACAGAUAACAGAAGAUUCAAGUAGAAGAAUGGAUGUCUUAAAACAUCACUUUAUCAGACACCCAGCAAAACUAUAUGAGUCAUCCUAUAAAACAACCAUGAAUGUUCCAGAAACCUCAAGAUGGUUCUUUAUCAAAACAAGAAACUGGGUUCUUACAGUUACAAAGGCAUACAAUGAAACUUGUUUUGUAUUUCCUCUUCAAGAUAAAAGAAAAACAUAUAACCAGUUUCACUGUCGUAGCACCUUCUUGUUUACUCACAGUUGGAUAUUUGGCUGUGAUGAUCACAAUUCAUCCAAGUGUCAGAGCCAGGAGGAGAACAACAGUGUAGACAUUGAAGAUUUGUCCUGGAGAGCAGAGCUACUACCUACUGCUAAGGCUGUAACCUUAAAGCUUGAAGAUUACUCUAAUACAUCACAUUUUUUGCUUUAUCUGCCAGCAACAAAUAACAGCAAGUUUUCAGUGGAGUGUGAAUUUUUGAAUGAUGAGCUUACAACCACACAGUUGCCUGUUACCCAUGCAUUCUCAUUUGGGUUGUCAUCAAAUCACAUAAAGAUCAACUCUUCUGGACUUCUGCACGUUUUAUGCCUUCAGGGGUUUAGUAAGAUGUACCAAGCCUUUAACAUCUUAAUUGAGAGAAACUGUACUCAAUCCAUAGACACAACAUCAACUAUUUACAGAUUACAUGUGCCGUGGUCACAUGAGGACAUAAUUAGAGUUCCAAGUGAUGAUCUACCUCUGCAGCUUUCCGCCAAGUUACAUGUUCCAAGACCCCAAAAUGAUAGUAGUAUGGUAACAAUCACUCUGUACACUUUUAAAGAUUGCCAUUAUGAGGUAAAAAUUUAUACAUCGUUUGUACAAAUGCUAGGACAGAUCAUCCGAAUUCAUUGGCCAUUACUUAAUGUUUACAUUGUCUCUAACCUACUUCUUGCUUUUGGGGCACAACUCUAUUCCAUAUCCAGCAAAGGGUUCAGUUUAGAAUUUGAUGCAUCAUUGGAUAUUGCAGCUAAGCCAUACAAGGUCGAGCCUAUUAUUGGUAUUUGUCAAUUCCUUCUGAGUUAUGACUGGUUUAGAGAUACCUGGGAUAGCUUAUUGCUUCCGCAUCUUGACUCAUCAGAGUUAUAUUCCAUGAAUCUACUGUUUCCAUUGGGAUCUUUAUUCCUUUUCAUAUUUGGUACUGGAAUAGCAUAUUGGAGUGGCAUGCUGUUUAAGUCAACAAUUGGAAUGCUGUCAUCAAUGUGGAGCACUUUGAAAAGCAGAAGCAUGGAUGUUCCUAAAGAGUCCAAACCCUUUACAAACAAACUGCUUGCUGAAGCCAUUUUCUUCACCAUUGUUGCUUGGAGGACCUGUGGUGCUUUUGCCAUUUUACUUUUGUUUCUUCGUUAUUUGCUUAAGGUGGUAAAGUUGCAGGCUAAUCUGUGGAGCCUCUCAAGUUCUAAAACCAAAGCUAAAAGUCAAAUGUCUGCCAGCAAACCCACAACUACAGACAGUUCUAUCACAACUAAAAAUUCAGAGGAACCAAUCUGUGAACCACAGAAAGAUCCUGAACUCUAUACAUGUGAUUUACACACAGCUGCGGAAAAUAUCAACAUGCAUAUUUCAGUAUUGAACUUACUGUUAUGGCUUACUCUGUUGACCAUACCUGGUUUUAUAUACUGGUUCAAGAAUUUUAGAAAUAGUAUUCAGCUGGUCCCCGAUCCCGUGAGAGUUUUGGCUAUUAUUCUCAUCUUUACUGUAGAAAUUCUGAUGAACUCCACUGUAUUAUCAAUGAACUCCAGCAAAUUGUUGAAGAUUACAGCUCAGCUUCAGCUCCCUUUUUCAGUUUUAGUUGUGGCCUUUGGGCAGCUUCAUUUAUACAGAGUACCUUAUUUUAUUACAUUUUCUCUUUUUCUACAUUCAUUGUCAUGCUUUAUAUAGUUUGUGAUAUUGCAGUUUAAGCUUGAUUUUUUUUUCUUUUUAAUCUGUUAAAUAAAUCUAAUAUUGAACUAUAAAAUAAAUUUUCCUAAGAUUAGGUCUUUUCACAUUAAUGAUUUGUAAUAAAAUUUUAUAUUGCUGAAAAUUAAAGUACAUUUUUGUGAAUAACGUAACUGGUUUUUAGAAAUGUAUUUUAGCGCAUUUUUUAUUGUACACAUUUUUUUCCUUUUAAAAGGUUUGUCCAGGGGCAUACAUUUUUUUUAUAUACAGUGCUGUUAAAAAGUAUUUGCCCCUUCCUGAUUUAUUAUUUGUUUUGCAUAUUUGUCACACUUAAAUGUUUCAGAUCAUCAAAUGUUUCAGAUCAACAAAUUUUAAUAUUACACAAAAAUAACCCAAGUAAACACAAAAUGAAGUUCUUUAGUGAUCAUUUCAUUUAUAACAAAUUUUAAUUUUACACAAAGAUAACCUAUAAAUAUUUGGAUAGCUUUUUUUCACCCAUAAUAAAAGUAUGAUAAAAUAAAUUAGGAAAGGGGCAAAAACCUUUUCGCAACCCACUAUAGUAAUAGACCCUCACCGGAUCCAUGUGCAAAAGACACUUUACUUUAUUUUCUUCAGUGCAGGUUAAUAUAUUCCAUACAUGUGGACGUAGGAGAUGAAACAAACGCUAUGAGUCAGGACAUCACUGGGAGACAGCCAUUGCACGUGCUCAGAUAUGCUUCAUCAGACCCUUUUUUCACUUUUGCACAACACUAGUUCCCUGCAGCUUCUGGUUUUUCAUCUGGUCCUCUGUGAGUCAUCUCUGCAAAAACUGCCCACUCGGCCAAUCACUGGCUGCAGUGGUGUCCCACCACCGUCAAUGAUGGGCUAAGUAGGAAAUUCCUGUUGUGAGUAGGAGUGGAAAGUGGAUGACUGGAUGAUGUCCAGUGGGGGACCAGUGUAGAUAUGCCCUUUAUAUAUGCCAUAUAUAUAUAAAAAUGUAUGUUUCUGGACAGCCCCUUUAAACUAAAUGAAAACAGGUAUCUCUUAUGUGGAUUACAGUGUUCAGAGCAAAAGUAUCACAAGUGUAAAACCUUUGGUGCCUUAAUUUAAUUGAGUAAAAUCCGAAAAAAUAGGCUGUCAAUCAUUUAUGCCUAGAAAACCCCUAAAGGGGUACUCCGGUGGAAAACUUUUUUUUUUUUUUUUAAA